ACGCUUUUAUCACAUAGCAUAUCGCUAUGGUUCUGUCUUCGGCUUCACCAUUCGUGUGAACACAUAAUUUCUUUGAUGCUGAUCCUCGUGUAAAAAAAUUUUCCUUAUUCACGCUCUCUGUGAAAUCGAAAUGCCCGCAACAUUUUAGUGCUAGCUUUUUGUUCUAUUUUAAAUCCUUUAUUUGAUUUAGUUGUUUUUGUCAGUCGUGCUGGCGGCAUAGUUUCAAAAGCGCAUUUUUAAAGGUCUGCCCUUGUUCCCAAAACACUACAUACCAUCAAGCCCUCGCCCAUAUCAUUAAAAGGAUUUUUCUGAAAUUUCAAUUACAUCUUUCGACUAGUGCCGUAAUUUUCCGUCUGCACUUGAAACUGGAGUUUCGUUAACGAUGAAAUGGCUAGUGUUUAAUUGAGGAUAUGAGUUGUUGCCUAGGCAGCUGUGUUUUGGUUUCCUAGUAAUAGCCCAGCUUCUCACUCUCUAGCUUGUAUAGCAGUCUGAAACCAGCAAAAGUUUAUAUAUGCCAGCGUCCAGAGGACGGAUUAGUGGGAGGGGCAUGGGCGAUACUGUUAAUGAAAGUCCUGCUCAGAGAAACCUGGUAGACAUAAAUGUAGCUACCGUUGAAGAGCUCUCCACUCUUGUUGGUGUAGGACGUAGUAGAGCUGAAGCCAUUGUGGAAACCAGAAAUUCUCUUGGAGGAUUUACAUCUAUCGAAGAUCUGAGUCUGGCUCCAGGAGUGGGGACUAACCUAAUUGAAGCCAACCGCCAGAUCCUGACAGUUUCCGCUCCAGCUCAGUCGUCUCAGGUGAAUGCCAGGAAAACCAACACUCGGAAUAGAAGUAGUGAUAAUGCAAGCGCUCAACCAACUCCGAGCACCACACCAGUGAUAUCUAGUUCAAGUGAUAACGCAACUGAAGAUCAGCAAAACGACAGUGGUAGCAGCAGCAGCAACGAAUGGGGUGCUUGCCGUUUGAGGCAGCGCCGAUCGACAAGCAGAAUAAAUCCACUGCCGGUUGGCAAAUCGCCUUCGCUUCGACAAACUCGCAGCAGUGACAGCAUCAUUCAGUCGCCUUCACCUCUCCCCACGACUCCUACCUCGUCGACACCCACCGCACCUGCCAUUGAUGCCAGCAAUGUGUCCCUUAAAGAAGGAUCACCUACAUCGGAGAAUGAAGAUGUUGUCAGACCCGGAGCGACCAAGCGGAAGUCGGAGUCAACAGUGGAGAUGUCUGCCGAAGUAGCCACGGAGAAAAAGACAUGUCGAAGGAGUGAAGGUGUAGAUUCAUCUUCCUCCUCAGUCUACUGCCAUGUUCACCGUAAUCCAAUCCCUUCGAAAGACAAUCCUCCACCAGGUUUUUGUCAAUGGCUUCACACUUUCCAAUACUGGUCGAACGCUGAGCGUUUAUGUGCCAUUGACCAGCUGAUCGAGCUGUGUGAACCCACCCAGGUGCGUCACAUGAUGGCUGUUAUUGAACCACAGUUUCAACGCGAUUUCAUAUCGCUGUUGCCCAAAGAGCUGGCUCUGUAUGUUCUUAGUUUCCUCACGCCUCGUGACUUGACUCGCGCCGCACAAACCUGUCGAUGUUGGCGAGUGCUAGCAGAGGAUAAUCUCCUUUGGAGAGAGAAAUGUCGUGAAGCGGGUAUCGAUGACGUGCGCGAUACUCUCAACAAGCGACGUCUUCGCGGAUCUUCCCAACACUCAAGUCUCAGUUGUGGUCUUUCUUCCCCCACUGGAUCCAGCCAAAGCACUGCGCCAAUUAUCACUCCGUCGCCGUGGAAGGCGACUUAUAUGCGUCAUCGAAAUAUUGAGUUGAAUUGGCGAGUGAGACCGGUACCGCAGCCAAGGGUAUUGAAAGGCCACGACGAUCACGUCAUCACUUGCUUACAAUUUUGCGGCAAUCGCAUCGUUUCGGGAUCUGAUGACAACACGCUCAAAGUCUGGUCGGCUACUACUGGAAAGUGCAUGAGGACCUUACAGGGUCAUACAGGAGGCGUUUGGUCUUCCCAGAUGCAGGGAAAUAUAAUAGUCAGCGGAAGUACAGACAGAACGUUAAAAGUCUGGAACGCUGAGUCCGGACAAUGUUUGCACACAUUAUACGGCCACACAUCCACUGUCCGUUGCAUGCAUUUACACGGAAAUAAAGUGGUGAGUGGAUCACGUGAUGCCACGUUACGUGUGUGGGACGUGGAGACUGGCGAGUGUUUACACGUUCUUGUCGGGCAUGUUGCUGCUGUUCGCUGUGUGCAAUAUGAUGGGCGACUGGUGGUGAGUGGAGCCUAUGACUAUACAGUGAAAGUGUGGGAUCCCGAAAGGGAGGAAUGUCUUCACACUCUUCAGGGUCACACCAAUCGGGUUUACUCACUACAGUUUGACGGCAUCCACGUAGUCAGCGGGUCUCUGGAUACAAGCAUCCGAGUGUGGGAUGCCGAGACAGGGGCAUGCAAGCACACGUUAAUGGGUCACCAGUCGCUCACGUCCGGGAUGGAGCUACGCAAUAACAUCCUCGUCUCAGGGAAUGCCGACUCCACAGUUAAAGUUUGGGAUAUAAUUAGCGGCAAAUGCCUUCAAACUCUUUCAGGAGCCAACAAGCACCAAUCGGCUGUCACGUGUCUUCAGUUUAACAAUAAGUUUGUCAUAACUUCCUCAGAUGAUGGGACGGUUAAGUUAUGGGAUGUCAAAACAGGCGAAUUCAUCCGGAAUUUGGUUUCUUUGGACAGUGGCGGCAGUGGAGGUGUCGUUUGGAGGAUCAGAGCCGAUGAAACACGCCUGGUGUGUGCAGUAGGAAGCCGAAAUGGCACAGAAGAGACUAAACUGCUCGUUCUCGAUUUCGAUAUCGAAAGCAAGUGAUAUCUGUCGUCGCCAGUUCACCGUCUUACUCCCUCUCCUCACCGCCCUUCUUACGUCGUUUUCGGUCCCGUUUUUCCGUCUUAAUAAGGUUGCAAAGUCGCUCGUUCGGUGGAGUGAGGAACACAACACUUUUAAUUAAAAUAAAAUACAAAAACAAACAACAAACAAAACAAAAAAAAACAAAACAAAACAAAAAAAAAGAAUCGAUGCUACGGAAAAAUUGAGUUGAUAGGCAACUCUACAUUUUGGAAUUCUCCUUGGCUAUGGAAUUUGUGUUCGUCAAACCACUUUUUCCAGUUUGUCGUUAUCAGAUCUUCCUGCGUCAGGAACAGUCAACUGCAGUUACGUGCCAAGCAUGAUUACAACAAAUUUAACUGCCACGACACUUACGAGAGAAGGGAAAACAAGUCGGGUCUGCUCCGAGGCGCUUCAAAUGGUACACGAACACCGAAGAAGAGACUCGGAAAAGCCACGACACACAGGGCUUUAUAACUUGUGAUUUCUUGUGUCUUGUUGAUUUAUUCCCUCCCUCUUCAUCCUCACCCUCUUAUUCGUAAUUCAUGAUAUGAAAACAUCAGUUGAGAUGAAAUCAUCAUUCAUUCAUUCAUUCAUUCAUUCAUUAGUAGGUUCGUACACUAAAAUCCGUUUACAGAAUUUAAUUUAUGUUCAGCUGUGUCCCUAAAUUUAGUUUCAUUUCCCCCUAAAGACACUUCCACAUGGCUCGGCGAUUCUUUUUCCAUGCCAAAUACACUUAUCAGAUUUCCAUUA